AUGGCUGCUAAUCCUCGGCCGAAUGUUCUCUGGGCUCAGGAUAAUGAGAAAAUAUUUCUCAAAGUUGAUCUAAAAGAAGUAAAGGAACCUCUGAUUGAUGUGACUGAAAAUGAUAUCAAGUUUAAAGGUGUUGGUGUCGGUGCUGGUGGGCAACAACUCUAUGAAUUCACAUUGAAUUUUUAUGACAUCAUUAUUCCCAAGAAAAGUGAAUAUAGAGUGAACGCAAGGUCUGUUGAGUUUAAAGUCAUCAAGGAUGGUGCAUACUUUUGGCCGAGGUUAACAGAACAAGAGAAGAGGCCAACAUGGUUGAAGAUUGAUUUUGACAGAUGGAGAGAUGAAGACGAAUCUGAGGAAGAUGAUUUGAAGCCGCCAUUCCCGCUAUCGGAUCCUAAUAUUGCGAUAAAAGAACUGGAAGAAAAAUUAAAGAAUGACAGUGAUCUUGCUUGGAAGGAGGUCAAAAAAAUCUACUUGUUUAUUUAUAAUUUGUUCCAGUUUAUCGGAUUCUUUAUUGUGGGUUUUAUACUGGUAGAUGGCUUCUCUGAUCAGACAACAGAUACCUUUGCCAAUUUAUUUGAUAGAGCCGGUGGUAUUUUGGCAAUAUGCCAAAUUGUAGCAGUUUUAGAAAUUGUACAUCCAGCUGUUGGUCUGGUUAAAACUGGAAUUAGUGCUCCGCUUAUGCAGAUAUAUGGUCGUAAUUUUCUAAUAUUUUUUGUGAUUAUUCCUGAGUCCAAUUUACAUGGGCAGCCUGCAGUGUAUUAUUUAAUGGUUGUGUGGACCUUUAUUGAACUGAUAAGGUAUCCAUUUUACGCACUGUCAUCCAUUGGGAAAGAAAAGGAAAUGUUGACAUGGUUACGGUACACCAUAUGGAUACCAUUAUAUCCACUAGGAUUCCUGCUAGAAGCUCUUGUGUUGUAUCAAGCCAUACCUAUGUAUGAAAACUCUGGAAAGUGGUCACCAUCUUUACCUAAUGGGUAUAAUUUCUCAUGGAAUUUCCCUCUGUGGCUGUGGUGUGAUAUCGGUUUACGAAUUUUCAUUGGUGCACCCAUACUGUUGAGACACAUGCACAAGAUGAGAAUGAAAAAGCUGGGCGGAGGAAGUAAGAAAAAGGUGUCAUGAGUGCUGGCUUAUUUCAAGAGAAAUUAACAAACAGCAGCCCUGCCAACCAAUCAGGG